UCGCUGCAGACACGCACAGGUCUAAGAUGCCAUCAUAAUUAAGACCAUCAAUUUGGAUAAAUUUCAUCCUAAGAAGCUAUAUUGAAAUGAACAUUGUGGGAAAACUCAAUUUAAUGAUACCUUGGAGCAUAUUCUUGGUUCAUUCACUGCUGUUCUCUCUGCAAGGAUCUUAUUGCAAGUUCUCUCUUUUGAAAAGAACACUGAGAAAUGAGUUUAAUGCAACACGACAGAAAAGAGAUCUCUUAGCAGCAGAGACUGAAACGGUUUCCCCUCAAUCUCAACUUCAUGGGCCAUUUAUUCAGAGUCCAAGUCCAUCAGGAGGUACUUGUCCUCAAGAGUGCCUUAAUGGAGCAACCUGUACAGAGGCAGGUGCAUGCGACUGUCAGACAUUUCAGGCUCAAGGGAAAAGGUGCCAAAUUGUACCUAAUGCUGGUAAGGAGCGAAAUGGAAUUUGCAAAUCCUGGGGACAGUAUAACUUUGAAACAUUUGAUGGCAUCUAUUACUACUUCCCAGGAAAUUGUUCCUAUAUUUUUGCAAAAGACUGCAGUGCACCAGAACCUCAGUACACUGUAUGGGUUCAUAAUAGCCCUCAGUGUGAUGGCUCCGUAUAUUCUUGUCUGAGGUCAAUCAGCUUAUUUUUUUCCAACCAAGAAGAAAUAGUCAUUUUGGGACAUGAAGUAAGAAAAGAAGGAAUUAGAUUAACUUUGCCUCAGACAAUUGGAAAUGUCUUCUUUGAGAGAUUGGCCGACUACAUUCUGGUGAAAACUACCUUUGGUUUUUCUCUGGCUUGGGAUGGAAGCUCUGGUAUUUAUAUGAAACUAACAGAAGAACAUAAAGGGAAACCAUGUGGUCUGUGUGGAAAUUUUAAUGGCAAUAAAUCUGAUGACCUUGUAAUACAAAAUAUAGGUCACUAUACAGAAGACAUUGCUGUAUUUGCAAAUAGCUGGUCUGUGCAAACCCUGGAGGAUGCAACUUGUGUACCUACUGCCUCAGAUUUUUCUAGUCCAUGCUCAACUGACACAGAGUUUUCUGAGGCCAUAUUCUUCAAGUGCCAAGUACUCCUACAAUUUCCUUUUCUCAGCUGUCAUGAAAGCAUAGAUCCUUAUUCUUAUAUUUCUAGCUGUAUGAAUGACCUUUGCAGAAUGGAUGAUGAUGAAACUUAUUGCCGAACAGUGACAGAGUAUGCUAGAGCAUGCUCACAUGCAGGAUACCCUGUACUAGACUGGAGGGAUGAUUUUCCUGCCUGCACUGAAAAGUGUGAAGACAGUUUUGUGCAUCGGGAUUGCAUUAGUUGUUGCCCGCCAACCUGUACGUUCGAAAAGGAUUGUCUUGGUAGCAACCUCCAUUGCUUAGAUGGCUGUUAUUGUCCAGAUGGGCUCAUUAUGGAAAAUGGAACUUGUAUCUCUGUAUCAAAUUGUCCUUGUAUUUAUCACGGGGUGGCCUUCCCUGUAGGCUCAAAAAUCCAACAAGAAUGCAGUAACUGUAUUUGUAUUGGUGGUAUUUGGAACUGCACUGAACAUGACUGCCCAGCUGAGUGCUCCAUUGUAGGUAACUCCCAUUUCACAACAUUUGAUGGUCGUUAUUUUACUUUUCUUGGGAUUUGCCAGUAUGUUCUGGUAAAAGGCACUGGGAAAGACAAAUUCACAGUCAUUUUACGGAAUGCUCCAUGUGGACAGAAACUUGACCACGCGUGCAUCCAGUCUAUCAUGUUAAUUCUUGAAGAUGAUAUGAAUAAACAAGUUACUAUUACCAGGAAUGGUGAUGUCCAAAUUGGCCCUAACCAGGGUCUUAACAUUAAUGGGGAUAUUGAAAUUCGAAACUUGUCAUCUUUAUUUGUGCAGCUGAAAACUAGAUUUGGCUUAAAGAUUUUGUUUGCUAAGGAUGGAGAGAGACUAUACAUUCAAGUUGAUAUCAGUUGGAAGAGAAGAACAUUAGGACUUUGUGGAACUUUUAAUGGAAACUUAAGAGAUGAUUUUCUUUCUCCAGCAGGGAUGGUUGAAGGAACCCCACAACUUCAUGCCAAUGCCUGGAAAGUUUCCUCAUCCUGUUUUGUGCCUGUCAACAUCCCUGUGGUUGAUCCUUGUAAUAUUAAUCAACAAAAUGUUGGGUAUGCAUCCCUUUGUGAUAUCAUCAAUCAAGAACUUUUUGCUCCAUGUCGUGCCUAUGUAAACCCAGGAUUAUACUACCAACUGUGCCGUUUUGAUGCAUGUAAAUGUGGAAGCAGCUGUUUGUGUAACGCACUUGCACAUUAUGCCUAUAUCUGUGGCAAACAUGGAAUUACUGUUGAUUUCCGAACUCAUAUUUCAUCCUGUGCUGUAGUAUGUAACAGUGGCAUGGUGUAUCACCAUUGUUCCUCUACCUGUGAACACUCCUGUGCUUCCCUUUCUGCCCUGAAUGUCUGUGGACCUGAAUGUGCUGAAGGAUGUAAUUGUCCUGAUGGGAAGUACUUUGAAGAGUCAGUCAAGUUCUGUGUGCCACUAUCUAGCUGCCGUUGUUAUUACAAAGGCAGAACCUUCCAGUCUGGAGAAAUCCUGCCUGUACCGUCAGGUUCCUGCCAGUGUUUGAAUGGAACAAUGAAAUGCACUGAAACUGCUACAUCAUCUGCAGUUCGUGUGUGCCCUGAAGGAAAAACCUACUAUGACUGCAGAUAUCAAGUGCCUGGUUUACCUGCAGCUGGCGUGAACUGUGAGACCUCCUGUGCAAAUCUUGCUAUGAACUUCAGCUGUGUUCCUCCCCCACCAUGUGCAAGUGGUUGCAUUUGUCCCCCAGGCAUGGCAGAACAUAAAGGGAAAUGUUAUGUUCCUGAUAGUUGUCCAUGUACCUGGAAAGACAGGGAAUAUCUGUCAGGAGAAGUGAUAGCUACACCUUGCUAUACAUGUAUUUGUCGGCGAGGGAUAUUCAGUUGUACUAGUUACCCUUGUCCUGCUGUGUGUACAGUUUAUGGAGAUCGACAUUAUUAUACUUUUGAUGGAUUGGAAUAUGAUUAUGUUAGUGACUGCCAAGCUUAUUUGGUAAAGAGUACAGACAACUCAAACAUAUCUAUAAUUGCCGAGAACAGGAAGUGCUUUGACAAUGACAUUGUUUGCUCAAAAAGCAUUUUCAUCUCUGUUGGAGACAUGGAGAUUUAUUUUAGUGAAACUUCUGACAAGCAGAAAUCAAAGGGACAGGAAAACAGAUCUACAUAUCAGCUCUGGAAGGCUGGAUAUUAUACAGUGAUACACUUCCCUGAGCAGGAAAUCACAAUCCUAUGGGAUAAGAAAACAACUAUACAUGUCAAAGUUGGACCCCAAUGGAAGGGUAAAUUGGCGGGUUUGUGUGGAAAUUUUGACAAGUACACUUCAAACGAUCUGACAACAUCUAACAACAUGGAAGUGAGAAAUGCUCAGGUUUUUGGAGAGAGCUGGACAAUAGGACAGUGCAAAACCCCAAAUGAAACUAUUAAACCAUGUGAGGUGCAUCAAAGCAAGUUCCCUUAUGCCAAAAAGGAAUGCUCGGUUUUGUACAGUGAUGUGUUUGCGCCUUGUCGUAAUGUG